GAGAGAGAUAAGGAAUUUCAGUGCGAACGCCGAGCAACAUUCCAGUGACACACCGCCAUGAAAGCCAUCGUUCUUCUGCUGGGGAUUUUGGUCUCCUCGGAGGCAGCUGUAACAUGGAAGGACUGUGUUCCCCCGACGACCGCCCACCCCUAUGUAACAUUCACAUCCUUGUCGGUGUCUCCCUCCCCCGUGGUUAUUCCCGGAAACAUCACCAUUGGAGCCCAGGGAACCGUCCAUCACCAUUUCGGCAACGACGUUAAAAUGGUUGUCCACAUGGAUAAAUUGUUGCUAGGACAAUGGACUAAAGUCCCCUGCAGUCAAAACGUUGGAUCAUGUAACUACGACAACCCCUGUGAGUUUUUGGCGGCUUUCAAGACUUCGGGAACCUGUCCACCCCAGCUGACCCAGCAUGGUCUCCCCUGCACGUGCCCAUUCAACCCCUCCAGCAUCGACCUCCCUCCGUCCAUGUUCGAAGUGCAACAGAUCAGCGCUGCCUGGCAAUGGCUGGCUACAGGCCGAUUCCGCGUCCAAGCUGAGAUGAUCCAUAAUCACGUUAUUGUCGGCUGCUUCCACGUAGAAAUGGACAUCCAAAGACACGGAGGCGGGGGAUUCUUGUUUGGUUAAAAUAUUACGUGAAAUAAAUGAUGUGAAGAACAA